AGUUCACUUGUACUGGCACAGCCAUUUGUCUUCAGCGGACGAGAAAGCAUGAAUGCCGAAAAAUGGGACGUGGUUAUCGUCGGCGCAGGACUGUCUGGACUGACGGCUGCUCAUUCACUCAAAAAGCGGCUUCCUGGUUUGGGAAUACUGAUCCUGGAAGCAAAAGAUCGUGUUGGAGGUCGCACAUUGUCAAUGGAUAUACCAGCAGCCAGUGGUUCUGAUCGGUGGGACUUUGGAGCACAGUGGGUCGGAAGCUCCCAGACUCACAUCUUGGAGCUGAUAGAGGAGCUGAAUUUAAAGACGUAUCCGCAGUUCAACACUGGGAAGGCAGUGCAGCACAUAGGUGGACCUGAUGCUAAAGUGAACACCUACAAAACUAGCAUCCCCUCCAUGUCGCUUCUGGCACUACUGGACCUCACGCAGCUCCUGUGGAAGAUGGAGAGACUGUGUGCCACUGUGUGCAUCUCAGAUCCCACUAAAACUCCUGAUGCGUUGGAAUUUGACAGCAUGACCUUGCACUCCUACAUCGAGAAACACGCUUGGACCAAAGAGCUGAAAGAAGAGAUGGGAGUGUGCAGCAGAACAGUGUUUGGAGUGGAGCCAUCCCAGAUGUCCUUCCUUUACUUCCUGAUGUACGCUGCAGCAGCAGGAGGGGUAUUGCCUUUGCUGGAGAGCACCCCAGGUUCUGCUCAAGAGCUGAAGAUAGUGGGAGGCACGCAACAGCUUUCAGAGCAUCUGGCGGAGCGUGUUGGUUGGAAGAAUGUCCGGCUGGGUUCUGCUGUGACAGCCAUAUGGCAGGAGGCUGAGUGGGCUCAGGUGAAGACUGCGACUGAGACCUUUUUCACCAGAGCUGUGAUCGUCAGCUGCCCCCCUCAUCUGGCAGCGAAGAUGAACUACAAGCCACCCUUGCCUGUCCAGAGAGAAUUCCUCACACAGAACAUGCCGGUGGGACACAUGAUCAAGUUCAUCAUAACCUACCACAAAGCAUUUUGGAAGGACAAUGGUUUCUCAGGUGAAAUUGUUGCGGGAUCCUCCACUGGAUGUCCAUUCAGCGUAACUUAUGAUGCCACGAGUCCCAACGGUAAUGCUGCUCUUGUUGGUUUCAUCGGUGGAAAGCAAGCCUCACAAUGGAGCAACAAAGAGCUCGCAGAGAGAAGAAGAUUAGUGGUCGCCAGUUUGAUCCAAUAUUUUGGGCCUGAGGCAGAAUUGUUUGUCCACUAUGAGGAGAAGGACUGGGCAGAGGAAGAGUACAGCGGGGGCUGCCCUGUUAAUGUCAUGAUGCCUGGGAUGCUGACAUAUUACCAUCCUAGUCUGAGGAAACCCUGUGGCAGGAUACAUUGGUCCGGCACCGAGACGGCUACUAAGUGGUGUGGCUACAUGAGUGGUGCCGUGCAAUCAGGCAAGCGUGCAGCGCUGGAAGUACUGGCAAACCUCAACCCGGAUUGUCUGACCCAAGAGGAGCUGCAAGCAGUUCACCAAAGUCAAAGUGAGAAGGACUCUGGGAAUCAUUUGCCAACUGCAAAGCUGAGGUCGAUAGGAAGGGGGGUAUUGUUGGCAACACUGGCUAUUGGUGCUGCUCUCUUCCUGUCUCAUCUCUCCAAGUAGGAAAGUCAGUGGAGCGGAAUAGGUUCUGGGACGAACACCCGCAAAACCUAAAUAUUUCAUGGAAUCAUUUCUUCGUCUGAGAACUCCUUUUAUGAAGACCACAGCUUUAAUAGGGCUUUGUUUCAAAACUGUUUCAUAAAAAAAAAUUCUUUGAUGGUUAAGGCCCCACUGGUGAGUGAGGUUGAUACCUCUGCUUUGAGGUCCCUGCGAAGCAACAUAUGCUGAGACAUUUUAUAUGUAAAAACAAAUGGUUUCUUCUGUUUCUUUUCAACAACACAUUCUCACACCUAAGGUGCAACAUAUUGAUGAUCUCAUUCAUUCAGCCUCCUGCGAUGCAUAUUAAUGCAUAGUGUAAAAUUUUACCGAAAGAUUGGAAGCUGUCUUCAAUAUAUUGCUGAUGUCUCUUAGUAUAUAGAGCAUCUUAUGUGGCUCUCCCCGAAUGACAGUCGCCGUAACUGAAGCUCACGUUUUUUUGAGGCACAAUCCAGUGGAUGACCUUAACCCCAAUCCCUGUCUUUAUUUUAUGUUACACGCAGUUCAUAACGUUAAGAGAGGCUGUGGAGGGUGAAAGCCCAAUGCAUUAACAUGCAGCGCUUGAAGAUAGUCACUAUUUGAUGCCAAGGAAGUGUGAAUGUGUUGGUUAAGCCAUGGAGUAGGGCUCACGAAUUGGAAUACCUAUGCAUUAACAUGCAAUGCAGAAAGGUAACUUCUCUGUCACCAGUGGACUUUAAAUUCCUUUUGACGCUCAUCAAAAUGUUGUGCUGAGUGAGAGAGAGUUGAGAAGCGUGACUUUCUCAAGAGGUCGACAAGUCUCACGGGGGCUGUUCUAUUAAGGUCGACUUAAGUGUUUCCUCCGACGACACUAUGGCAAUGAAAAAAAACAAACAAAAAACAUUUUUAAGGGCUAUUUCAGUUUUGUGGUGUUUAUGAAGGCAAAUCCAUGAGAAUAAUCUUCAACAAAAACUGUCAUGGGGACUUGUCAAAUCUUACCCUGUGGUGAAAGGAAUCAACAUUUUUCGUAUAACUGUGUACACACAACAGGAGAAAUUGGGCUGCAGUUUAUAUUUAAGUAUGCUGUUCCGCCAGUACUGCAAUAGAUUCAAGAUGGACAAAUACAGACUUGGAAUGCUGUGCAUUGUCAGCAAAUUCUGUAAGGACGCCAAAUUAGAUUUACUUACCAUUACAGCGUUUUCUAUGUUUUGCUAACCUGGACGGCCGUGAUGACAACAGCGCCAGUAUAAUGCAAUUCAACCGUUUCAUUGAGAUCAUGUCAGCAAGAGGUUGAUUGUGCUGCGACAGCCAUGCUGAGUCAGCAUCUUUUACCAUUAUCAUGCUAAUAUCGUAGCUAUGUUGGCGACAUGCAAUAGAUAGCCUUCACUGUUAUGAGCACUGUAUGAGGAUUUCCUUCUUUCGGCGUCAUGCGAAGCAAAGCUGCAUGAUCAUUCAGUCAUUCACUAUGACGUCAUUCCAUUGUGGUUUUUGUUCAACUAAAUUGAGCAUUCGAAUGAGCAAUGUUGACGCGGCCGCAUAAAGCUCCAUCUUUUAAGCAUGUUGAUGUCAGCAUUAAAUGGACUGUAUUGUGUUAACAUGCGUGAUUUCUUCUGCUUUAAAUGUGUGUGGUUGAAGCGUAUGCCAGAAAGUAUUGACUAUUGUGAACAAUAUGAUGCUUCGAGGUGUGUACUGCCUAUGAAGGUUGUUUUACGCCAGAGCCAAAUUCACUAACUCUUACUAUAUUGUGACUUUUAAAUGUGUUAAUUUACACCCUACAAAUACAUUGCAACACGAUAAACCUUAUGGUACAAAUGGCCCUCGCAACAAUGUUUUCAGACCCACAGAUGCAGCCCCAGGAGCAGAGUGACUGCAAAACCCAGCAGCGCCAUCAUUCUCCAGCACAUGCACUCUGCGUUUACACAGCAGUGACAAAUCCAAGAAGCUCAGAGAACAGGAUCCUGCACUGGUGACGUCAGCACCAUGUGAGGACAUUGAAGCACAUUGAAUACAGAGCAGUCUGACAAUGGUACAGGAGACGCAUCUGCUGCAGUUACAUCUGCUCACAUCAAUGCUGUUAUCAAUAGGGUUUUUUUAAAGAACGGAAAAGAACGAACGCAAUGUAUUCACUGAAAACUAUAAUUACUAGCUAAUUACGAUUACAAGAUCAUUCAAUAGUCUUGUCUGUUCUGUACUUCACACUCAUUUAUCACACUUCUGUAAGGGUGCCACUAUUUCCAUGUCAGUCAAUGAGGAAUGGACUAUCAACCUUCCAGGGUGUGGUUUGUCUGAGAGCUGCGACUGGCUCCAUCACCUGAUCAGAAAUCAUGUUCUGGCACGAAUUACAAGUGCCUUGCAAGUCAAUUCAGAAUUCUAUCGAUGCACUUGAACGCAGAAAAAAAAUGUACUUUGUGUCUGCAGGCAUUCACGUACAUCUUCAUAAACAUCUGUACUCCAUUUGUGUUCCUUGAGGAAAGGUGGGACUGCAGAAAUGUCCAUCAGCUGCAAGAAAGUCACGCAUUUUCAUUUUGUGCAAUGUUGAAAAUAACCCUUGGAAGAACUGUUUUUUUAAUAGCUUUACACUGUUGUCACACUAUUUGUGUUGCCUUGUUGGAAUCAAAAAGCUGAAUGGUUUUCACAAAAUAAGAUAGCAUUAUUUACUUACUUUAUUACAACAAAGCCAACAAACUAUGGACAGGCGAUAUGGACAAAAAACAAAUUAUGUGAUGAAUCUUGUCAUUUCGGCGAUAAUAAUUAUCACGAUAUACUUUUCAUUCUAUAGACUAUAGCCUGUCUUGAAACUGUUUUAUGAUGAAACUUAUUAGUGGGGCUUGUUUCCAACAUUAUCAUUUGCUUAAGUUUAAAUAUAAUUCGUAAGUUAAGGGACCCAUCUGGACACAUAUCCAAGAGCUAUGAGAGCUAUAGUCCAGAAAUAUUAGACAUUUUUGUCAUAUUCUAUUCUCGACAGUCUUUUGUCUUGUCUUGAUCUUUUCACAAUUUUUUCUCCAUGAAUGUUUUUUUUUUUAUUAAUACUUUGACCGAAUCAGAACUUGUUGAUGGUCCCUAACUGGUCCCCUAACUGCCUGCGGUGUCCUUCGAAUAAACAACUAUUUACAGAGAAACUCUGCAUGUGUGGAUAUGUACCAAGGCAGACAGUCACAUGCGUGAUAGCUAAUGGCCCAUCCCUACAACAAAGGUAUUAAAAUAUGUGAAACCCAAUGUUGCAUGGAGCCCUUACAACAAAGAACUUGUGUGACACUUGUUUUCAUAAAAGAAACUCUCUCAGGAAGUGUUUCAAUACAAAUCGAUGCAUGAACAAAUAACACCCUGUGAUGCAGGAUCCAUGUGUCUGUGCAUACUCAUGUA